AUGCAGAGGCCGGAGAUCUCCCCCUUUUCUAAAAAAAAAUUGUAUUUUUGUUGCCCUGCAGAAACCUUAUCAUCUUGUAUGGUGAACCAACAAGGAUUUGAGUCUUUGUACAGAAUGAGAAGAAGCACCUUCAGUUAUAUCUGCAGCUUGGUUAGGAUCCCAUUUUUUGAAGAUAUGAUGACAAGGGAUCACACCUUUGUUGAUGGAAAAAUGAUGUCUUUACAAGAUGGAGUAGCCAUUGCACUGAGUGUACUGAACUCUGGUGAGCCAUCACAGAUCGUAGGAUCCUCUCUUGGUGUGAAUGAGUCAACUGUCUCGCUGGUAACUCAAAGGUUUGUUGAGGCUAUGUGGGAGCGAGCAUAUUACCACAUCAGUUGGCCUGGCUCCACUAAAAUGAAGAAUAUCAAGCGUAAGUUUGACAAGAUCCACGGCCUGCCAAACUGCUGCGGUGUUGUACAUACAACCCACAUCGCCUUUGGAUCAAGUUUGGAGAGUGACAGCCGGCCAAUGCAAAUUGUCGUCGAUUCAAAUCUGAGAUUCAGCGAAAUUUGGGUGGAGUGGCCAGGUAUGAACCAAUCAAGUAUUUUGCACGAGUCUUGGCUCUUCAGAUCGUGCGAGGAGGGUACUCAGCUGAAUGGCAGUAACCUGAAGUUAUCAGAAGGCUCGUAUGUUGGAGAAUACAUAAUUGGUGAUGCAGGAUACCCUCUUCUCCCCUGGCUCCUCACACCUUACCACCUGGAAGACAAGGACCCGCUCUCUGCAGAUCUUCCUCCUUGGCAAGCCGAGUUCAACAGGAGACAUUCUGCAGGGAGGAGGUUGAGGAGGAAAUUGCAGGGCUGGAGGAGGAGGAGGAGGAGGUGCGACAGUUAG